CGAAUCCGUUCGGCUAGGUGCGCAGCGCGCAGGCGCGGUGCCGCGCGCAGGCGCAGUGCGCGCCGCCGCCGCCAUGAACCCCCUGACGAAGGUGAAGCUGAUCAACGAGCUGAACGCGCGGGAGGCGGAGCUGGGCGUGCAGGAGGCGGUGUCGUGGCACGCGGAGUACAAGGACAGCGCCUGGAUCUUUGUGGGCGGGCUGCACUACGAGCUGACGGAGGGCGAUGUCAUCUGCGUGUUCUCGCAGUACGGCGAGGUCGUCAACAUCAACCUCGUGCGGGACAAAAAGACGGGGAAGUCCAAAGGGUUCUGCUUCCUGUGCUAUGAGGAUCAGAGGAGCACCAUCCUAGCUGUGGACAACUUCAAUGGGAUCAAGAUCAAGGGACGGACCAUCCGCGUGGACCACGUGGCCAACUACCGGCCCCCCAAGGAGUCAGAGGACUGGGAUGAGGUGACUAGAGCUCUCCAUGCCAAGGGCUGCGGGGUCAAAACGCCGCCUCGCUCCUCGUCCGACUCCCUGUCAGAGGAGGAGGAUGUACCUGUGAAAAAGCAGAAAGAGAAGCCGCGGAGCAGAGCGGAGCAGCCGAAGCCAGGCCAGCAGGCCGGGAAGCGCGUUGGCACAGAGGAGCCACAUCCCAGGAUCAAGAUCAAGAAGGAGAAGGAGGACCCUGGGUAUGAGCGCUACGCCAGCGGGAGCUCUGACAGGAAUGCUGGGAGCAGGACACAGCGGGACGAGGAGCAGCGGCAGCACCAGCGGCCCUCGGAGAGGAGGGGGGACAAGAGUGGCCAGGAGCAGAGGGGACAGAGCAGCUCCUGGGAGGAGCGGGACAAGAGGGAGGAGGCUGGCAGGAGGAGUGACGGGCACGGUAGCCGGCGGGACGUGUCCCCCAAGGGAGGCAGAUCCCGGGAACCCCAUUCCAGGCACAAGGAGCGGGGCUCUGGCAGAGACUCCGGCCGCCACUGAGCCCUGGGAGAGCAUUCCAGGGCCAGGGAGGCCUUGAUCCUGCCCAAACACCUGCUCCAAGCUCCCAGGGCACUGCAGCUGGACUGCUUGCCUCAUGGGAGCUUCCCUUUGGAUCUCAUCCUGCUCUGGGCCAGGGCUCUCUGUGUUGGCCUUCAGUGCUGGCCAUGGAGCAGGAACUGGGGGCUGGGAGCAGCAGGAUGCUCCCCUUCUCCAAACCCCCAGUUCUGUCAGUGCUGGGGGGUGUCCCUCUCUUGCAGGUGAGAAGAGGCCUGUGGGUGUCUGGUCUGGCCUCGCCUGCCAGUGGGUCCUGCGCCCACCCGGCAUCUCCAGGUUCUGUGGUGGACCCGCAGGGAUGCACCGCUGCGUUGGGGCCAUUCACCUGGGUGUGUUUAAAGGUCUUCUAAUAAAAAUUCCUGUUUGGCAGAA